UCUGUGGGAAAGCAAACACCUGUCCUGCCCCAUACCAGAUAAAAGAGAGAGCCCCCAACUCACCUGUUCACUUCCCAUAAGAUUCACGCAGCGCCAUGAUGACUGCCUUCCAUCGCCUUGCCCUGUCUCUCCUGCUGGCGACCUCCUGCUGCUUCUUGGUCUUCGGGAGCGCGCCCACCCCCCGCCGCAGGAUCACCAAGACUCUGUACCUCAACAACGGGCUUCCUUGGGGCACUUGGGGCGAUAUAGAAUUAUGCGAGGAUGGGAGCUUCGCCGCCUACGCGGAAGCCAAGUUUGAGAUCUACGCCGCCCUGGACGCUGACGAGACAGCCCUCAACGCCCUCAUACUCUAUUGCGUUAACCUCGCGACGGGACUCCCAACCGGACACAUCGCAUCCACCGUGGGGGAGAAGGGAGAACUACAGGGGAUGAAGACAUGCCCCAGUGGGUUCAUCACAGGGAUCAAGGCCCGUGUGCUGGAUAGUCAGGGAGCCUUUGGCGACGACGUGGCCAUACAGAACUUCCAGAUUGAGUGUGACCGCAACGACAUCGUCACAGUUAUCCCUGGGCAAAAGGACACCAAGAUUCCCUUGGGCGAGUGGGGUGAGUGGUCUGCCUGCCCCGACGGCUCUGCCAUCUGUGGCAUUGAGACUCGCUACAACGAAGUUGAUGCCAUUAUUGAUGACGCGGCCAUAUCCGAUGCCACCUUCUACUGCUGUGCCCUCAACGACACCCUCACACACACCAACUAGGGGCACGGAUGAGGCCAGACAAGGGCCAGGCAUCCAUUUGCACCUUGUGGACCAAUGAGAGUAAUGUUAUGUCUACCAAACACUUUCCCAUUGGACACAAGAGUUUAAACAUACAAUUCAUGUGUUAUUCUCAGUAAAUUAUCCACAAGUAUACUUUACUUUACCACAAAGAAAUCAAAUGAAAUCUAAUUAUACCCAACUACAAUGAUGUUUGAAAAUUAAUAAAUAUUGAUAUCAUUGA